ACAAAUCUGAAGCUAUACCUGAGGAAUUAGCUGGAGCUGGACAACAGUAACGAGGUGCAAGUCCCCAUGGAAGAUUCAAGCCUGUCCAGUGGUGUUGAUGUGGACAAAGGCUUUGCCAUUGCCUUUGUUGUUCUUCUGUUUCUGUUCCUAAUAGUGAUGAUUUUUCGGUGUGCCAAGCUGGUGAAGAAUCCCUACAAGGCCAGCUCCACAACCACAGAACCGUCUCCAAGCUGAAGUAUAAUAAAACCUGGUAGACUCCCCCAAGCAAGAGAUUUGAAAUCUGUUAUACACACUUUAUAUUAUUUCACCUCCCUGU